CUUUUUAGAGGGUUGCCUAACGCUAACUCUUGUAUCUCAUCUUGUGGAAUUAGAAUAUUAAAAAAUAGUGAAUAUUAAAGAAAGUAUUAAUAAAGCAAUCAUGGCAAAGUUCGACUUAACUUCGAAGAUGGGCCAGUAUUUAGACCGGCAUCUUGUUUUUCCCUUAUUGGAAUUUUUGUCCGCAAAAGGAAUUUACAAUGAAACUGAACUCUUAAAAGCCAAAUUAGAUAUUCUAAGCAAGACUAAUAUGAUAGAUUAUGCUAUUGAUAUUCGAAAACAACUUUACCCCGAUCAGGAAAUACCCGAGGACCUAAAACAAAGGCGUAAUCAUGUUGUACAGCAGCUUGCAGAGUUGCAAGAAGAAGUUAAACCUAUCCUUAAGAUUAUGGAAUCUGAAGAAGUUAUGAAGAAUAUGGAAAACAUGAGAGAUUCAAAAACACUUAUUACAUAUUUGUCGAAAGAAUUCAAGUUUGAAAUUGAAUUGAUUGACAGUCUUCACAAACUAGCCAAAUACAGAUAUGACUGUGGCAAUUACACAGUAUCUACAUCAUACCUGUACUUCUGUAUGCUGGUAUUACCUCCCAAUGACAGAAACUAUCUUAGUGCCUUGUGGGGAAAAUUUGCUUCAGAAAUUUUGUACCAAAACUGGGAUUCAGCACUGGAAGAUCUCAACAAAUUGAGGGAAUAUAUUGAUUCAAGUCCUAAUCAGUUUUCUGGUAACAGUUUGCAGCUUCUACAACAGAGGACUUGGUUGAUCCAUUGGUCCCUCUUUGUGUUCUUCAAUCAUGUCAUGGGCAGAGAAUUGAUUAUUGAAAUGUUCUUGUAUAGACCACACUACCUCAAUGCCAUCCAGACCAUGUGUCCUCAUAUUUUGAGGUAUUUAGCUACAGCUGUAAUUAUUAAUAGAGGAAGGAGGUCGGCACUGAAGGAUUUGGUAAAAGUUAUUCAGCAGGAAAGCUACACUUACAGGGAUCCCAUUACAGAAUUUUUGGAACACCUUUACGUCAACUUCGAUUUCGAUGGAGCUCGUCAAAAAUUACAUGAAUGUCAAACAGUUUUACUAAACGACUUCUUCCUAAUUUCCUGUUUAGACGAGUUUGUAGAAAAUGCAAGACUUAUGAUCUUCGAAACAUUCUGCAGAAUUCAUCAAUGCAUUAGUAUAGGUAUGUUAGCUGAAAAGCUCAACAUGAAUCCAGACGAGGCUGAAUGUUGGAUCGUGAAUUUAAUUAGAAACGCACGAUUAGACGCUAAGAUCGAUUCUAAAUUGGGGCAUGUGGUUAUGGGUGCACAGCCUUUAUCGCCAUACCAGCAACUUAUUGAAAAAAUUGAUUCCCUUUCGGUCAGGUCAGAAACUCUGUGUGCUCUUAUUGAUAGAAAGCUCAGAGCGAGGACUGACAUACGGUGGGGAAAUCCAGAUUUUUAAAUAACGGUUAUUUUGUAAUAAUUUUAUUGGAUAUAAAUAAAAGAUCUUUCCAGU